GGAGAGGGCGGGCGCCUAGGGUCCCGCCCGCAGGACUCAGACACCGGCUCCUGAGCCCUUCUGGCCGCCGCGGGGCUGAGGAAGGGCUGCCUCGGUUUCCCCGGGGGGUCCCGGGAUCUGAAUGGAAGGCCAUGACAUGUGCACGCAGCAAGCUUUCCAAGCCCAGAGGAGCCGGCUGGUGGGGCUGCUGGGCUCAGGGUCCCUGGAGGCCUUCGAGAGCGUCCUGGACUGGCUGCUCUCCUGGGACGUGCUGUCCUGGGAGGAAUAUGAGGGCCUGCACGUCCUGGGCCAGCCCCUCUCCCACUCGGCCAGGCGCCUCCUGGACACCGUGUGGAACAAAGGUGCUUGGGGGGACCCCCACUCCCCCCACCCGGCCCGGGACCUGCAGUGCCACCGGCCAGCCAUUGUCCGGAGACUCUACAGCCAUGUGGAGGGCGUGCUGGACCUGGCGCAGGCGCGGGGCUUCCUCAGCCCGUACGAAUGUGACGAAAUCAGGCUGCCCAUCUUCACGUCAUCCCAGCGGGCGCGGAGGCUCCUGGAUCUGGCCGCGGUGAAGGCCAACGGGCUGGCCGCCUUCCUCCUACAGCACGUGCAGGAGCUGCCGGUCCCGCUGGCCCUCUCUCUCGAAGACGCCGCAUGUCAGAAGUACACGUCCAAGCUGCGGACCACGGUCUCCGCCCAGUCGCGCUUCCUGAGCUCCUACGACGGGGCGGAGACCCUGUGCCUGGAGGACAUCUACACGGAGAAUGUCCUGGAGCUGCGGACGGAGGCGGGCGCCCCGCAGAACAGCCCUGCCCCGCCGGGCCUGGACGCCCUCUUCUCCUUCCUGCAGCGGCUGCACCUGCUGUGGGCGUCGGGGCGGGACUUCCAGGACUUCCUCUUCGUCUUCCCCUUCAGCUGCCGGCAGCUGCAGCGGGUGGCCAAGCCCCUGUCCGUGCGGGCGCUGCUCUUCGAGCACUGCUGCUGGCCCGACCUCGGCCAGGAGGAAGUCUUCCGGUUCCUCCUCGCCCACCCCGAGCGCGUCCUCCUCACCUUCGACGGCUUUGACGAGUUCAGGUUCAGGUUCGCGGACGGCGAGCGGCACUGCUCCCCGACCGAGCCCACGUCGGUGCAGAACCUGCUCUUCAACCUCCUGCAGGGCAACCUGCUCAAGAAUGCCCGCAAGCUGCUGACCAGCCGCGCCACCUCCGGCGGCCCGUGGCCCUGCAGCUGGACCACAACUCGGUGGGCGACGUCGGCGUGGAGCAGCUGCUGCCCUGCCUGGGCGUCUGCAAGGCUCUGUAGUGAGUGUCGCGGGCCAUGCUGGUGGGUGAGCCUGCGAGAUAAUAACAUCUCGGACCGCGGCGUGUGCACGCUUGCCGAGCACGCCCUGCGCUGUGAGGAGCUGCAGAAGCUCGCUUUAUUCAACAACAAGCUGACGGACGGCUGUGCCCAGGCCCUGGCGCGGCUCCUGGAGUGCCGGCAGAACUUCCUGGCACUGAGGCUGGGGAAUAACCACAUCACCGAGGCGGGGGCCCAGGUGCUGGCCCGGGGCCUCAGGGCCAACACGUCGCUGCAGUUCCUGGGGUUCUGGGGCAACGAGGUGGGGGACAAGGGGGCGCAGGCCUUGGCGGAAGCCCUGGGCGACCACCAGAGCUUGAGGUGGCUCAGCCUGGUGGGGAACCGCAUUGGCAGUGUGGGUGCCCGAGCCUUAGCCUCGAUGCUGGAGAAGAACAUGGCACUGGAGGAACUCUGCCUGGAGGAGAACCAGCUCGGAGACGAAGGCGUCUGCUCUCUCGCCGAAGGGCUCAGGAGAAAUCCCAGCUUGAAAGUCCUCAAGCUGUCCAACAACUGUGUCACCUACCGAGGCGCGGAAGCCCUCCUGCGGGCCCUGGAGAGGAAUGACACCGUCCGGGAAGUCUGGCUCCGGGGAAACGCCUUCUCUCCGGAGGAAAUGGAGACGCGGGGCCACAGGGACGCCAGGCUCCUGCUGUGACGUCUCCGGCCCGAGGAUCCCCUCGGUGUGUGUGAGAGCAGCCGGGCCGGGCCCCAGGGGCUGGAUGACACCUGCAGCCGCCCGCCCGCCCAUCCGGAGGGAGCCCUGUCUGCCCAGGCCAGCUCAGCAGCGACCUCUGUUCUGGCACAGAAGGGGCAUCAGUGCCCUCGGAGUGGACGUCUCCACGGUCCCCGUGGGCCACCGAGUUCUUCCCACGCUUCGUGGCUGCAGAGAGGAGCAGCCCCUCCGUGUGGUGGGGCGGCCUCUGGCGGAUGCAGCGCGUCAGGGGGCCCACGAAGGCUACCGAGAGCCUAGUGGUGGGGACCUGGAUCCCCGUGAGAUGCCCCUUCCCACGCCUCUCACAAUGGGGGGCCGGGGGGGCGUUCAGGGAGAAACUCUCUUUUUUGGUAUAUGUUGUUGUUGAUUAAAGAGAAAGGAAGGGAGAGAGAGAUAGAAGCAUCAAUGAUGAGAGAGAAUCAUG